AUGGGUAUCCAUGGAUUGAUGUCCUACGUUGGAGAAAAUAAUCAUUUUUUUGAUAAUAUAAAAUUGCAAAAUACUAGAAUUGUAGUUGAUGGCAAUAAUUUAUUUCACAGACUUUACUUUGACUCUCGUUUGGAUCUUAAGUAUGGAGGAGAAUAUGAUUUAUUUACAGAUAUCAUCUGUAAGUUCUUUGAAGCUCUGGCCCUCUGCAAUAUUUCACCAUAUGUGCUUUUUGAUGGUGGAUGCGACUGUACUGAUAAAAAAUUUGAAACGAUCAAACAACGUGCCAGGGACAAAAUCCUAAAAGCACACUCCAUUUCAAGAGGUGGAGGAGGGAUGGUGUUGCCACUACUUGUCCCAGGAGUUUUUAAACAAGUUUUAGCGCAGUUGCAAGUACCAUAUGUCCAGUGUCAUUCCGAAGCAGACCGUGACAUCGUUGCUCUUGCUAAUCAAUGGAACUGCCCCGUCCUAACACUGGACAGUGACUUCUGUAUCUUUGAUUUGAAGGCUGGUUAUUGUCCCCUCAAUUAUUUCAAGUGGGAAGACGUAACUAGUCUUAAAGAUCAUUCAGAGUCCUAUAUUUCAGCCCGGUGUUUCUCCAUUGAAAAAUUCUGCAACCAUUUUAAUCACAUGAACAAAGCUCUUCUUCCACUCUUUGCAGUGUUGAAUGGUAAUGAUUAUAUUAAUCUUCCUUUCCUGGAGAACUUUUCCACCAGAAUACAUUUCCAUACAAGGACUUCUUCAGCAGGAAGGAAGAACGAGCGAAUUCAAGGGCUUCUGAACUGGCUGUCUGGGUUUUCCGAGCCAAAGGAAGCAAUAGAAAACAUUCUGAAGUCUCUAAAGCAAAGAGAACGUGAGAAGGUCCAAGAACUUCUGUGUUUUCAUAUGGAUGAAUACAUUCAGUCAGAUGUGGAUCUUGCAAAAUACUUUCAGAACAAGGAUAUAAAGCCAAAUGCUCCCACUAUGUUGGCUAGCAAAGCCCCAGAAUGGAUGUUAGCUGCUCUAUUGAAGGGAGAAUUGGCUCCAUUUCUUAGUGACUGCUUGACCUUGAGGAGAACAUUCCUACAACCUCAGGUAGAAAAUAUGCGCAGGACCAGCAGUCACAAGUGUUCAUUGUCCAUUCGCCAGGUUAUUUAUGGACUGCUAAGUACCGAUGAGACUUUUCUUGAUUCAACAUUGGGUCAAUCUGCUAAGAUACCAGGAGAGGCCAGCCUUAAAGCUGAAGAAUACAGCAAAGUGCAUUAUGUGCAGGAAUAUGAUAGACAUGACCAAACCCUGAAAAAAACUAACAUUCAAGCAGUGCUGAAAAGAUUCAACUCAAACGAAAUACAUAGAUUGCAAAGGCUACCAGAAAUUUCUAUCCUGGAUAGAACCUGUUUUCUUUUAGAGACUCUGAAAGUGAAAACUGAUGUGCAGGCUUUGCCAGCCAACUUGCACUUGACAGUUUACAUUACCUGCUACUGGGUAGCUCAUGCUGAACCAAAAGUGACACCACACCAUCUUCAGGCUCUCCUGCUUUGUAUUGUAACUGGAGAAUUACAUAAACUAAUUAACAAACCAGGUAACAGUAAUCCCAUGGAGAAAGACAUUGGAAUGGUGUACGAUAGACUUUCCCAGCUGAGACAAAGAGAGCAGCAGAUGGGAAAUCUGGAUAUAGAUGUAGCUCAUGUCUUCUGUCAGUGGCAGAGUUGCCUUUUAAUGGGAAUCUAUUUAAAUCAGCUCUUGUGCUGUCCUCUUCCAACACCAGAUAUUACACGACUCUAUAGUGGGACUUUAGUUCAUCGUUUCUACCAAGAGCUGAAGUCGAUGGCUGCCACAGAGGACCUACUGGAAGGUUGCCUGGCUGCAGGGGAGAUUUACUCCAAACUCCUAAACGCAGUGACUGCCACGGUACCAGCAGACUUUUUUAAGACGGGGAAAAAAUCCAAGUCUCAUAGAAGAUUGAAGAAAAAACCAAACUGAUUCAAUUGUACCAUCAACAGACGAAGAUCAUCAAGGGCUCCCUUUGUGUCAUAAUGUAAAUAGUAGAUUUGCAGCCUUGUCAAAUGAGAAUUCUGCCUAAAACCUGUUGAUGCCGAACUGCUUUUGUUCAUCAGUACCAAUUUUGGAUCCAACAGACUGAAGAGAGAGCUGCAGUAAUUUUACCAUUUUCAACACACUGAACAAAGUUUUGUAAGAAGUGAUCAUCCACAGUUUUAAGGGAAAAAUUUGUAUAUUUGACUAUAACAUUCAUAAUGUUAGGCUGCUCACCUGUUAAUGCCUGGACAGGGAACGUUAACAAAAGCAGCACACACAGAAUGCUGCUGUUAUUGCAACAAAGUAGGUUUCCAAAUAAAUAUUUUUAAAAAUCCAAACUAAACUCUACAUGGAAACAAAUCAAACUGUCGAACUACAUUUUUGGAAAUUAAUAUAAAACAUUUAUGUACUGUAACUCUAAAAUUUGAAAUGGUACUUUAAUUGGUAGCAAUUAAAGUCUACUUUACAAGAUGACCAUGGGAUGCGCUUUUUGAUCCUCCUUUUACUGCUGCUCCCCACCCAAGCAACCCCUAGGUUUUUGGAUAAAUCUUCAUAUUUCUCAUACCACAGUAGACUUGUCAGCCAUUAAGUCUAUUUCAGCACUCAGAGCAACCUGUUCCCUCACGUAUUUCUCUGCCAUCUAUUCUAUCUCACAUGGCCAUGAACAACACCGAUUCUCCUACCAUCCACCAACAUUAUUGUCAGGCUGCUGCCUGUCAUUUUGGUGGUUAAACUCCUUAAAUAAUCCAAGUAUUGUGUAAAUUGCUAUACAAUUUCUCAAUCCAAGAUACUAGAGGGGGGAGGGUUAAAGAACUGAAGAUCCAUUUGGGGCUAGCAAAGAACUGGGUUAUCGGAGCACCACCACCCUUUCACUUUCCAGUGCUCAUCUGACAACUAGUAGUGAGUUUCUUAACCAAAGAGGUCUUCCAUUUCACAAAUGGAAGAAUUUCAACAACUGUUAAUAUUGCUUUCCAUCUGUCAGAAUGAAGAACCACAGUGAGUGGUGUAAGUAAAUGGAAGGUUUAAUAUUGUGGUCUUCAUUUUUAUAUGCACAGAAAUCAAUGAGGUUUGGUAGCUAAGUUCUGAAACUAACAAAGCAACAUAAUUUUUUUUUGAGUACAGAGUUUUACUUUAAGUGCCAAGUUGUUUCAUACUGAAUGUCCAGUAAAGUCUGAAAAUAAAGUUGUAACUGGUUCUGUUUGGAAAUUGAAUAAAAUCAUUUUGUAAGAUA